CGCCAAAUGAGCUCGAUGGCAGACGCUUAGUACAGAGGCUGAGUAUCCACAGGGCCAGGUUCCCCGGGGUGAAAGUCGAGUAUCCUUCUUUCCAUAUUGCUAACGCUCGUUAGUUCGCAUAUAUAACACCCCGUAGCCGAAUUCUUGCAUCAUCCUUGAUAUUCAUCAUACACACCCGGUAUUUAUCAAAACAUUUAAUAACUCUCAAACCCUUGACAUCUGUACGAGACCUCCUGGAAUCUAUCCCUGACUGACCUCUACGUCCCUUCGUUUCAUCUUUUUACACUGAUAUUUAUUCACAUGCCAUCCCCUAAGACCACCAUCAUCAUUUCUAACCUACCAAGAGCGUUCUUUCUUCUGGAGCACGGCCGCUUGCUGGGUGCGGAAAAGCUCAAGAUUGCGGUCUUGGGCCACGAGGACAGCAAGUAUUGCGCUGCAAUGGACCACUGGCUGGCGUUGUCUUUUCUCACACGUAUCGUCAUCAUCUUCCACAGCGAGCAGCCAGCACAAGAAGUGUUGGCGUUCCUUGUGGCAAACAGGGUCAGGCUCUUGGGUCCAGGCGACGACUUCAAAAUAGUUUUGCAGGAAAAUAUGUUGAGACGGUCCAAAUCCGACUUACACACCCAGCCACAACAACCUGGCGAGUACCAGGAACCGUUACCGGCAAAAUUUGAUGAAUCUGCCGUCAUCAGGAAGCUCAGAUCAGAGUCACCGCUCCAAGUCGCUACGCCGCAGAACGCGGAGUUGGAGGAGUUGGAGUAUUUGGUUAAUGCCAACUAUCCCGGUGCUGAGAACGUCAAACUAACCGCUGGGGACGACGAGUUUGUACCUAGAGCUCGUUCAGCUACCCAGACGUUGUUUACCCCGCCUCAGGGGUUGAGGUUGGACACUGGUGCCGCCACUGCCACGGUGGGCUACCGCGAGCGCAGUCCAUCCAGUCCGAUUAUCACGUUGGACGAUCAUUUUUAAAAAAAAUAGUUUGGAUAUAUCAUGGUUUUUGGCUGG